AUGAAGAUAGAAGUUGAGGACAUCGAUCAGAUAAUGCAGCAAAUAGCAAGUAUGGCACCGCCAAUGCACAAAGAUGACCACAAGCUGUUAAAUACUCUGAAAAAUGCAAUAGAGAAAAACGUCACUGUGUCCAAUUCACAUCUACAGGAAUUGACUACUAAGAAUGAGCAAAAGGAGGCCAGAAUGAUGUCUCUUGCGUUUUUGAGAAAAGACUUGCCACUUGAGGCCACAGAAGAAUUCAAAUGCCAUAUUGAUUUUGUUAAAGAGCAAAUAGAAUCCAAACGAGAAGCAUCAGCAGCUAAGCAUGGAGCACCUAAGCAUAGAGCCAGUGCUGAGAUGAAGGAUCCGAUAGAAAAUGAAAUUAAAAUAGCGAACGAAAGCAUUGCAGCAAUAAAAGGCAAGCUUCAGAGGGCUAAGGAAGUGGCAGAGGAAGCAUUCAGCAGAUCAUCAGGUAAGCUUCUUAAACCGUUUGAAUAUGCUGAGAAGUUCUUCCGAUGCAUUUGA